CACGAUGCGCGUCCUGCAACUCACGCCCAAAUCCGUUUAUAUCUCCCUUAUAAUCCCCACUCACAGCCAGAAAAACCGUAAGUCAUCAUCGCCAUGAACACGCUCUUCGGCUCUGUCUCGCGGGCAGCGGCCAUGCGCCGCGCGCCGCUCGCUCUGCGCCGUCCGACGUCGAUAGCGCGGCCGAGCGCACACUCGUUUAUCGUCAAGUCUUUGCUGCCGCUGUCGUCUGCUGUGCAUGCGCGCGGGGUCGCGUCGUCGGUGUCUGGGAGGCCCGGGAGUCAGUCGGUGCAGCAUGCGGCGCAGAAUGUGAAGGAGGAGCUCGGGAACUCCGCGGCGGACCUGGCGAAGUCGAUUGCUGGUGGGAACUUGACUGUUGAUAAUGUCGCGCCCACGCAGCAGACGUUCCUUGGUAUCACGAACGCUGUCGCGCAUUCAGUUCCUCAGCCCUACAUUGUCUUCGGUUUGUUAGGUGGUGUGCCCUAUAUCGGCACUGCUGCAACCGUCGUCUACCUUGCUCGUCAGGCAGGUCUCGCAGCUGCCGGUGUCAAUGUUGGCAUGGACCCGGGCGUAGCGUCAACGAUCCUCGACCAAGCCCUCAACAUCCAAGUAACUUAUGGUGCAGUCAUGCUUUCCUUCCUCGGCGCCUUGCACUGGGGAAUGGAGUUCGCCGGCUACGGCGGCAGUAAAGGGUACUCGAGAUUGGCGCUGGGUGCCGCCCCGGUUCUGUGGGCCUGGCCGACGCUGACGCUCCUGCCGACGACUGCGCUGAUUGUCCAAUGGGUGGGAUUCACCUGUCUGUGGUGGGCUGACUUGAGGGCUACAACCGCUGGUUGGGCGCCCAAGUGGUACUCACAGUACCGCUUCUACCUGUCGAUUCUGGUAGGAACCUGCAUCAUCGGCACUCUCGCUGGGACGUCAUACUGGGGCCCGGUUGCGGGCCACGGCUUGCUCUCUCACGAUCUGAACAUGGUCCGGGCUGAGAGGAAGAGGGCGCAGCCCGAGAGGACGGGCACCGUUGCCGGGGAUGUGGAGGCUGUUGCUGCUCCCGAGGACGCUGAUGUCUACGUGAUCGUGAGGAAGAAGAAGAACGGGAAUGACAACGCCGAAUCCGAGGGCGAGGCGAGCGGUAGCGAGGCUGAGCAAUAAAGUGCUUGCCAGUCGACGAGAGGUGAAGUUUUAUCGAUAGAGCAUGGACUAAUAAUGUUUCUUUUACCGAAAAAUGUAUUUGUACAUGUAAAUUCUGUACUAUCAGCAUCACAAACACAGUCUUGUUGUACAUGUAGUUGAGAUCCAAGCACGGCC